GCUUUUGAGUUCGUGAUAACUUCGUGCGUGACCGGACUGAGGACUCAGAGCGGCGCCGGCGCGCACAUGACCUGAUCGAGUUGACGAGGGCUUCUGCGGUUGAGCGGCUGCGGCGGAGCACCCGUCGUUGGACUGGGACUCGACCGUGAUAUGCUAGGAACUGCUUGUUAAUUUCAGAACUCCACUGCAUCUACAAUAGAAAGUUCAAUUCUUCCUUUUCAAAAAAACAAAGUUCAAUUCUUGUACAACACAAGUGUUUCUGAUCUAUAUAUGUAUGAAGCAUACCGGUAUUUUGCCUUUGUUCAGGUCAUGGAUUUCGACUUCGACAGGAUCAUAGCAAGGCCUACAGUCUACGAUCGGUUGGGGGCCUUCGUAUCGCGCUCCAGCAGACAUAUUUCCACAAGAGAGACCCAAGCCGCCGUCUGCCUCGGAGCAGCCGCUGGUCUGUGUUGGGCAGCAUGGAGGUACUACCACCGUCGUCGUCCACCCCGGUCCUCGAAUUACUGGCGGGACAUGACGGCAUCCGCCGGCCAAACCGAUCCGGUGAUCGGCCGGGACGACGAGAUCGACCGCGUCGUCUCCAUCCUCUGCCGCCGGACCAAGAACUGCGCCGCGCUCGUCGGCGCCGCGGGGGUGGGCAAGACGGCCAUCGCCGAGGGCCUCGCCCAGCGCAUCGCCGCGGGGGCUGUCCCCGCCGCUCUCGCCGGCGCGCGCGUCCUGGAGUUCGACCUGGGGGAGCUCGUGGCCGGGACCGUGUACCGCGGCAUGUUCGAGCGGCGCAUGAAGAGCGUGCUGAACCGGGCGGAGGCCGCGAACGGCAAGGCGAUCCUGUUCAUCGACGAGAUGCACAUGCUCCUUGGUGCUGGGGCGUGCGAGGGAGGCUGCACGGACGCCGCCAACAUGCUGAAGCCGGCGCUGGCUCGUGGCCGUAUCCGCUGCGUAGGCGCGACGACUUCCGGUGAGUACCGAAAGCACGUUGAGAAGGACGCCGCGCUGGAGCGGCGGUUCCAGAAGGUGCAGGUGGAGGAGCCGAGCAUGGAAGCAACCUUGGCGAUCCUGCAGGGGCUGAGGAAAAGGUACGAAGAGCACCACGGCUUGGAGAUCCAGGAGGCGGCUCUCGUCGCUGCCGCGCAGCUUGCUGGCCGCUAUAUCACCGGUCGUCAAUUUUCUGAUAAAGCAAUUGAUCUAAUUGACGAGGCAUGUGCCGCUGCAACCAGAAAAAAUAUGAGGCGGAUUGACAACCAAGAACGACAAGAAGCAAUUGUUUGCCCGGAUCAUGUCGCACAAGUUGUGAGCCGUUGGACUGGAAUCCCUGUCGUUGCGCUUAAUCAAGAGGAGAAGGAUAAGUUAAUCGGGCUAGCAGAUAGACUGCAUGAGCGAGUUGUUGGCCAGGAUGAAGCGGUCAAUCUAGUUGCGGAAGCCGUGUUAAGUUCCAGGGCUGGCCUUGCUGAGCCUGACCAGCCCAUAGGCCCUUUCCUCUUCUUGGGCUCGACAGGUGUUGGAAAGACAGAGCUUGCAAAAACUCUUGCCGAGCAGCUAUUUGACAACGAGAAGAUGUUGGUUCGCUUUGACAUGUCUGAAUAUAGUGGGAGUGGAUCUGUCUUGUGUCUCAUUGGAGCACCUCCGAGCUACGAAGAUGGUGGACAACUGACCGAGAAAGUUAGGAGGCAUCCAUACAGUGUUAUCGUUUUUUAUGAGGUGGAGAAGGCAGAUCCCUCGGUGUUUAAUGUUUUUCUCCAAAUCCUUGAUGAUGGUAGGUUGACUGAUGGCAAAGGCCAGACUGUAGAUUUCAAGAAUACCAUUAUCAUUAUGACCUCAAACCUAGGAACAGAGCACCUUACAAAACCAAUGGUUAGAGAAAACACAAUGGAAAUUGCACAGGAACUUAUCAUGAAACAGGUCCAGAAACACUUCAAGCCCGAGCUUCUCAACAGACUUAGUGAGAUCGUUAUAUUUGAACCACUUUCGCGUGACAGACUGAAGGAGAUAGUCAAAAUCCAGAUGCAAAGGGUCAUAGGCAGAGUAGCUGACAAAGGGAUCUCUCCAUUCGUGAGUGAUGCCGCGUUAGACACCAUUUUAUCGGAAUCAUACAUCCCGAUGUACGGUGCAAGGCCCAUAAGGAGGUGGGUGCAAAAGAAUGUGAUGACAAUACUUUCUAAGAUGUUGGUCAAAGGAGAAGCCGGUGAAGGCUAA